GCCGGCCCACGAAGCGCGCCCCACCCCCCCCCCCCCGGCCCCCCAUGCUGCGGUGCCACACGCCGCCGCAAUGCGGCCGCGCGCCGCUCCGCCACCACGGGAGGCGGGAGGCGGCGGUGCCCGGCGUGGCGGUGCGGUGCGCGCGCGGGGCGCCGCAGGUGCCCGGGCUCGAGGCGGCGUCGCCGGGCCACGCGGCCGCCACGAAGGCGGCGGCGGAGGCGGCUGGGGCGGGAGGGGGUGGCGCGCGGCCGAGCCUGGCCGAGCGGCUGCGGCUGGGGAGCCUCCUGGAGGACGGGCUCUCGUACAAGGAGAGCUUCAUCGUGCGCUGCUACGAGGUGGGCAUCAACAAGACGGCCACCGUCGAGACCAUCGCCAACCUCCUCCAGGAGGUAGGAUGUAACCAUGCCCAAAGCGUUGGGUUCUCCACUGAUGGUUUUGCCACGACCACUACAAUGAGAAAACUCGGACUUAUUUGGGUGACGAACCGAAUGCACAUUGAGAUCUACAAGUACCCAGCUUGGGGUGAUGUUGUUGAGAUUGAAACCUGGUGCCAAGAAGAUGGAAGAAUUGGUACUCGUCGUGAUUGGAUCCUCAAGAACCUGGCUAAUGGAGAAGUUAUUGGCAGAGCUACUAGCAAGUGGGUCAUGAUGAACCAAAAUACACGGAGACUUCAGCGAGUUAGUGAUGAUGUGAGGGAUGAGGUGUUUAUACACUGUCCAAAGACUCCAAGAUUAGCAUUCCCAGAGGAAAAUAAUGGCAGUUUGAAGAAGAUUCCAAUUCUUUCAGAUCCUGCACAAUACUCAAGACUAGGACUAGUGCCAAGAAGAGCUGAUCUGGACAUGAACCAGCAUGUCAAUAAUGUUACUUACAUUGGUUGGGUCCUUGAAAGCAUACCUCAAGAUAUAAUUGAUACGCACGAGUUGCAAACCAUCACUCUUGACUACAGAAGAGAGUGCCAACACGAUGACAUAGUUGAUUCACUUACUUACAUAGAGGAAGGAGAGGAGAAAAGCAUGAACGGUUCUGCUUCUGCAGCCCAACACAAAGAAGAGCGGCAGCAGUUCCUGCACUGCUUGAGAUUUGCCGGGAACGGGGAUGAGAUCAACCGUGGGCGCACUGUGUGGAGGAAGCUAGCUAGAUAAAAAUGGUUUUGAGUUAUCUGUAUUUUGCUCCAUUUUGCUUAUUGCGGCUGGCCUAGCGUCCUUUGAGAAUCAAUUGUACCACAAUUUUGUGAUGGUUCUGUUACCCUUUGGAACUGUGUCGAUUUGUGAUAUUCAUUGGAGCCUGUAACUGUGUCCGUUUUGUACCAGUGAACAAUGUUUUGUGAUGCAAUAACCAGUGUUUCUCCAGCAA